AUGUUCCCCCCUUCUCGACUUCUUCUCCCCCUUCGAAAACGUAGGCCGCCAGCCGAUGCUCUGCCAAUGCCUGUUCGUGAAGGCGCACUGAGAGUGGUACCGGGCCCACCCGCGCGGAAGGAGCAUGUUCUCCCUCGCUCGUCGGCCCUCCGUCCUGCCUCGUGUGCCCGUUUGAUGAGCGCUAUCGUCAUUGCAGACGCUGCCUCUGCGCUGUCUGCGCUGGUUCCUGGGAAGAUGGGAGGGCUGCUGGAGACGCUACGAGGGAUCGAACGGUCCAAAUGGCGGCGCUGGCCCGCCAACCCCAGCUUCCGCUUCCGCGCCACUUGCUGA